GGAAGCUGUCGCCAUGACAACACAAACAGCGAGCAAGAACACUUAGAAACGAUCCUGAUAUCUCUGUCACUGAAUACCGAAACUUAGAAAUACUCUGCUUUUAUUGAACUUAAUUUAUCUUAUCAAAAAACAAUGAUUCCACAAGCCGAGUCUCUACUGAAAUACAACAAUCCAGUGUUGAUCAGCAAAAGCACGGACAGAAAAUCUCCAAAGGGACGCCCCUUGAGAGUGAGCCCUCAGCUGCCUCUAGACUCCACCCCUGUCCCACCACCUCCAAAACCAAAAUCCACCUCUUCUGAUGACACCAAACGGGAAGAUGAAGAGCUCCUGAACGCCAUCCUACCACCCAGGGAAUGGGUGGACGGAAACCAGAUGUGGGUGCAGCAAGUGUCAAGCGCACCUUGUACAAGAACAGAUGUGGUUCACCUGGAGGAGCUGCUGGACACGCAGCUGCAGCAAAGGCAGGCCAGAUCGGCAGGUAUCUGUCCUGCCCGGAGGGAACUCUUUUCUCAGUGCUUUGAUGAGCUGAUCAGACAGGUGACGAUCAACUGCGCUGAGAGGGGCCUGCUGCUGUUGCGGGUCAGAGAGGAGAUCCAAACUACUAUUUCUGCUUACCAGACUCUGUAUGAAAGCACUGUGGCCUUUGGUAUGAGGAAAGCACUGCAGGCUGAGCAGGGCAAGUCUGACAUGGAGAAAAGAAUUGCUGAUCUUGAGGAGGAAAAUCAAGAGCUGCAGAAGCAACUGGAUAAAGAGAAAGACCAUGGGGUUGAAAUCCGAAAAAGUGAGCGAGAAAAGCGGCAGAUGGACGAAAAGAAGCACGCGGAGGAGAUCCAGUUUCUGAAGAUAACCAACAAGCAGCUCAAGACUCAACUGGAGGCACUCAUCACACCAAAGAAGUAAUUCAAUCAACAAGAACUGGGAUGUCCUUUAAAUAUGAAUAGUGUUGCUAAAUCUGUCUUGUUACAAUGAAUGUGAUCACACCACAGUGUCAUCAGCAUGUGUUUUAUUUAUUUUUUUCAAACAACAUGGUGAGACAUGUACAGUUCAAACAGUUACUGUACAUUUCUCUUGAACAUCAAGAGAGUAUUACACCUGUAUGAAUGACGUCAUUCAAAAACAGCUCUGGGUUUGAAGGGAGGAGAAAGUUGAAGAGGCCAAAACAAACAGUGAUUUCCCUGAAAGACACUUAAGUUUAGAAUAAGGCAUCUUGUUUCUACUUGAUGGAACCAUUUUACUCAACUGUUAAAUCUCCACCUUCUUUCAGCUCCACGUUUUCCUUAAAAACAGCUCGUUUAAAUAAAGCUCCAUGCCCUUUUUAAACUUCUA